AGUAGGGUGUAAGCGCUCCCAAUCCUGUCACUCGUCCGAGAUCAUAAACCUAAUUCAGUUCGUCGCCAGGAUUCCGUGACCCAGUGAAAUGUAUUUUAUGGUCCGGCGCGUAUAAAUUUAGUCGUUUUACUUCGCUUUGUUCGUUCUUGAGGUGUCUACAUUUUUUCGUGAAUACUGAUUUCCGGGUGACUUGGAGUCUGAAUUUCAGAAGGUGGUGAAUUUCCAAAUCGACUCCUACUAAUCCUUUUGGAUAAGCGCUUGAUAUGCCGUGCAGAUGAUGUCAGUGAUACUCCGGUAUCAGUGCCGGAGAGCAGCGAAGGCCGUGGUGAGUGUGGUGGCCGUGGCUGUGGUGAUUGUUGUGCUCUUCAUCAGCAACCCCAGCUCAUCCCCCGUCGACCUGCUCGGUGUCCUUCCCCCGCCUGCAUUCAACGGCCUGCACUCUCAACGCAGGCAUGUGCUGGGGGAGCGAGGGCGCUACAAGGACUACGCGGGUGCCGACAACGACGCCCUUCUGGACGCCAUUUUUGUAAGCGCCCAACCGCCCACGCCGGGCGCGUCCGCCGCCCAGAGCAGCUGUCGCCCCGCGCGCCACAUUAUGUUCCUCAAGACGCACAAGUGCGCAUCGUCGUCCGUCCAGAAUUUGUUUUUGCGGUACGGGCUACUGCACAACCUCACGUUUGCUCUGCCUGCUGCUGGCAACUACUUGGGAAAUCCUAUUCUCUUCAAAGCCGGCAUGGUGGCGCGCAAUCUGCUGCCGCCAGAGGGCGUAGUGGACAUAUUCGCAGUUCACACGCGCCUCAACCCAUCGGAGCAUCGCAAGGUCCUGCAUCCUGACACGAUAUUUCUGACGGUCGUACGUGAUCCUUCGCUACUCUUCGAGAGCCUCUACAAUUACUUCCAUCUUGGCAAGUUCUACGAGGACGCGCCCUUGGAGGAGUUCCUCACCCUCCCUCUGGAGAUGCAAAUGGAGUUACGGAAGCGAAGCGGGCGCUUCGGCCACAACAUGAUGCUCUUCGACAUGGGCAUGGAAAUGCACAGCAACAUCACAGCCAUCGAAAUCCGGAGAGCCAUCGACCAGGCCGACGAGAUGUUCGAUCUCGUGCUCAUAGCCGAGAAGAUGGACGAGAGUCUCAUUCUGCUGAAGGAGCUGCUAUGCUGGGACUACAGAGACAUGAUUUUCUUCUCUAAAAACGCCCGUAGGGACAACGUGAAGCCUGACUUGUCGGUGAGUGCCAUAGAGCGGAUGAGGGAGCUCAACAGCGGAGAUGUCCUCUUGUACGACCACUUCUUGGCCCGCCAUGAGCAGACCGUCCUCCGCUACGGGACUGAGAAGAUGGCCAACGAGGUCGCCUCACUCAGAGCCUUAAGAGAAGAGUUCUUCGAGUACUGCGGCACCCACGUGGUCGACGGCUUUGAUGCCGACGAUGUUUUUAGAGAAUAUUCCAACCAAGUCAACGGGUAUGUGUUGGAUAACAGAGCGGACCUUGAUUGCCUGCUUCUGUCAUUACCAGAACUUUCUCUUAUCAAGAAAAUUAGAAAGAAUCAGCAAAAUACUGCCAUUGACUUUGAACGAAUGUCGUUGUUGUAUAAAGAAAAUUUUGAAUUAGAUGGUCAAUCAAAUGCGCUGGACAAUACAUUUAUAACUCACCCUGGUGGGGAGUUAAUGUUACAAGGAAUAAAUAAUACGUUCUAUGAUAGCACUUAAAGCGAGUUCUCUUCAGUAGAGGCCAUUGUAUUCUAUCGCCAGUAACUUGGAAGAAAGUCACCAACUCUAAACUAAGAUGUCUGCCUUAUAGAUUAUGUGCUGAUGUGAAUAACUUUGAUAUUCAUAUUUUGAUAAGAAAAGAAUGAUUAGAAUAUUCUGACCAACAUAUAUUCAAUUUAAACUACGGAAUUUAAAGAGGAUUUAAGAAUUUCUUGUUGGUUUUCCAGAAAUUCCUUU